GUGAUCAACAGCUUUCCGUUAACCGAUCAUUACUUUUAUAAAUUCCUUGAAUAUGGGCAUUUGUUACUGCAUUCACGAACUCAAGGUACUGGAAUCCCAUGGAAAACGUCUAUACUACGGUUACCGAACUAACGCCUCACGCAAGUCCACCUCCGUCUCGUGCUCCGACUCCCCACCUAGGAAGAGUUGUAGGCGGAUUUUCUGAUGAAUUCCUGCCGUUUCAUUCGCAGUCGAGAGCACAGUCUCGGGCAAGACCCAGAAGGAAAUUCUCGCAAGAUGAAGUUUCUCAUGACGGUCAUCCUACCAAUCGUUCAGCAUCUCGUCGGACAAGAUUUGCUGUAGAGGCAGAUGUCCCGCCCGUCUCUGCGGUUCAAGAGAAGCUGAUAUCAGUCGAUCCUCAGCACAAUCAAGUCCUUCUGACCGGAAAAGAGUUUGGCGAAAAUGCACAUAUAUGGCAAAUAUAUAUCGAUGAAGCGGCAAAGGCGGACGCUGCGAUGACGGAUGGGUGGAAUAGAAGCAUGGAUGUACUUUUGGUCUUCGCGGGUCUUUUUUCCGCCGUACUCACUACUUUUAUCAUCCAAUCGUAUCAAAACAUGGCGCCGGACACCACAGACACCACCAACGAGCUUCUCUACCAACUGAUACUUCUCCAGUUCAACAACUCCGACGGGGUAUAUCGGGCGAGAGAUAUUCUAUUGGAAUCCUCACCAAGUCGUGCGAUCCAUUGGGUCAAUGGGUUUUGGUUUGCUGCUCUGGCUUGUAGUCUUUCUACAGCUCUGAUCUCCAUGCUUGCCAAACAAUGGCUACAAGCUUAUACGCCGGUAGCUUCUGGGUCACCUCGCUUUCGUGCACGUAACCGCCAUGCACGGUAUAUACAGCUUAAAGCAUGGUAUGUCCCUGCUAUCAUCAAUGCAUUACCGCUGAUGCUCCAUAUCGCCCUUUUGCUAUUUUUUGCUGGGCUGAUCAUCCUUCUAUGGCCGGAGGACAUUGGCAUAACGAUCGCGACCUUGGUGAUAGUAGCGGUUUCUUACCUUUUCUACUUCGUAUCUAUUUGGUUACCACUCCGAUAUCCGGAUUGCCCAUAUCAUCAUCCCGUUUCCGACCAAAUACGGAUGUGGCUUCAUGGCAAAAAAAAUCGCACGAGGGGAAAGCAUGGGAUCAAAUUUCGAGUUAUGAAUCCAACGGAUGGCACAACCAUCAUGUCAUCUGCACCCCAUGUAGUCUAUAAUGACAGUCUUGACGCUGCGGCAUUGAUAUGGUUAUUCACCAAGUCCACAGAUCGUGAUGUUAUAUCUGCGUCCUUACAGGCUAUCUCAGGCUUACCCCGAGAUUUCGCGGCCCUUCAUCUUCUUCGGGACGCUGGAGCUCUGCACUCAGUCGAACAGGAAUUUGAGAAGUGUUUCCAUAAAGACACCACUAUUGACCUUCAGUGGCAUCUCGUAGACCCUGAGAAAGCACUGUUGUACUGUCGUGCGUGGAUUAAUCUCACGCGAGGAACGUCUGAACAGUGGCCGGUCGAUAUCGUGGAACCACUUUGGUUGCUUCAGGACACGAAAGCUCAUCCAGAGGCUGCUGCAAUUGCCGCUUGCGCCGUCGCAUUGUCAUCUUUUGACUCACAUACCUCUCAGUGGGAGCUCCUAUCAUACCUAUCGAGGUGUGCUUCUGGCGAGUUACAGCUCUCACAGGCAACACAGUGUUGCUUACUUGAUAGCAUCAUCGAGUGUAUGGUCCGAUGGGAGAUGCCCUUAGCAGUUAUUGAACAGACAAAUGUUCGAGCUGUUCCUACGCUAUUACGAAUGUUACAUCUUACGGAAGACCUUCCAUCGUCGGAGCUCCAGAGUGCAUCGACUUUGGCAUUGUACGUGAUAACUCACGGGGGGAUCUUCAAUUUGGAUGAAUACAGAAGUGAGGAUAGGCGAAGAGAAGAGUGCUGUCAGUUGCUGGUAAAAGCACUCGCAGUCUUAAUCGACAACCCGGAGCACUUUGGAGUCACUGAAGAUUUGAUUGACAUCAUCGCAAAGCAGUUCUGUCGACUUGCGCCAUCUGUGGUUGCACAGUCGGAGAGGUUUCCCCAAGCAUUGAAAGAGACGGUGAAGGCUGCAUUGACACGGUUAUACAUCGAUCGUCGAAUUGGGAUAGGAAUCACUCCAAAUAUUUUGCUGGCGAACGUGCUUCAUCUACUUUACCCCCCGUUACUGGUUCCCGACAAGCAACGAGCACCUCUCGUCUCCAUUUUGAUUGAGAACCUUCGCACACCAGUUCCGAACCCCGGUAUCACCGGUUGUUCGAUUCGACUGUUGGAGGUCCUAGUUUCGGAUUGCACACUGCCGGUUAUGGCGGCAUUCACGGAAAGUCAAGGGAUCCCUGCUAUCCUUCGUUUGAUGAAAGCAGGUGGGGAGGACAGCCGACGCCCACAAAUCGAAAGUCUCCGGACGCUUUUCACCUUCAUCCGCAACGUCACCAUGCAAUAUCAAUUUCAAACUCAUAUUCAGAAUGUUGAAGAGCUGAAUCUUCAUGUCGACACCAUCUUUCAGUCGGAAUUUUUCGAAAUUUUUUGUUCUUUCAUUUCCAAGAGGCGUUGGUGGUUAUAUGAAAUCAGUGGAGACUGGAUGCCGACGCUUUUUCGCUUGUGUAAGCUGCGGCCAGCUCAACCAGUCUGGGUGAUGGUAGUGAGGGUGUUCAGGGAGUUUACCAACCAAAAUUUUGGCGAAGACGGUUAUAUGGAGACUGUUGCCUUGUUAGACGCAAUGGCCGCCAUUACAAACAAUGAUAACUCGGACGACUGGGAAUCUAGUCGGGGGAUGAAGCUGAAGGAAGAGGGUUCUCUGUGUUGAAUCUUCUCACGGUGUGAUAUCUACUCGAGCUCGAGGGCUCUUAAGUUACUUGUUAUUCGCGCACCGCCUGUGUAAAUCCGAUUAUAUCGAUGCACUCCGACGUCGCAAUACUGGUUAUCAAAUGUGAUGUCAGGGAGGGGCU